AUGCAUCGGACUAAAACAAGCAAACAAAGUCUGCAAACAUGCGUGACAUAUGGAGAGGAGGAGCCAAAUCAUAAAGCAUGGAAGAUUGCUAAGAAAAGGAAGCACAUCUUAUGGAAGUUCCUGAAUAAAGAGCUUAGUGCCGAUGUGCUUAAAAAAUAUAAGAUAGAAGUGGAGUUGAUCAAGAAAUGCUCUUAUUAUAUUGAGUUUUUACCUAGAAAUCUUGCAUUUGGAGAGCAAUACUACCCCAUGCUACAAACUACUAUGUUUCAGUAUAUUGAUCCACAUAAUUUCGAGCGCAUGAAGAAAGUAGGCGCUUCUCAGGCAAAGAUCGAACUCAUCCUGCUUGACAACUACUUGGAGGAGCUACAGAAAGGACGGGAAACAUUGGUAGGGAUGGUACAGUCCUUUGACACCAUGAGCUUCCUAUCCAAGUGGGAAGUUGCUGGCCAGCAUCUGUCACAGCUGAAUGACCUGAUGUAUAAAUUGUCAUCCAUGCUUGUUCCUAACCAGCUACACAUUAAGCAUAGAUUUGUGCCAGAAAUUUUAGCCAAUAAGAUUCCAUUUAUCCGGCUAAUGCUUAUAGCCAAAUCCCCAGUAUUAUUUGAUCGUAAGGAGUCAGUGGCUUACAAGGACAAGGUACAACUAAAGUGGUACAGCCAUAAGCAACAACAUCAGCACCAGCAGCAAGAAAAAUAUGAGGUCUUCUUCAAGUCACAUGAUGCAACACAGGAAGGAACAUUCUCAGUGACAACCAACAGCAUAGAGAUUUGCAGUCUGGUGCAAAACAGUUUGUAUGAUUUUUCAGUGCGCUAUGCGGUUUCCUACACACUUGUUUACGAAGCUUGGCAUGACACUAUUACACUACACACAAAAGCAACCAAUGGAGAGGCACAAUUGUCAGGAUUCUCCAACCAACACGUUCAACCACCUACUCACCAGACCAAAUGA